CAGCUCCUAUAGACUCAAGGGGAGGUGGAUGGUGAUGGUUGAACAGACUUAGCAUAACAAGCACACGCUUUGUUGAAUAACGGAAUCCUUUGUCGAACCAUUUAAAUGCAAUAGAUUUUUGAAAAUUUAACUGCAAAACGUCCUUUCCGUGACGACAGAAGGUAGAUCCGACUACAGCUUCGUGCAGUUAGAAAUUCUAUAAGUUUCAAGUUUUUUCCACAUACCGUUAGCAUCUAUACAACAAACUGCAAACAUGGUUGCGAUGACAAAGAAAGUGAAGACCUUUGAGAUCAUGUUCAACGAUCCUAGCAAGGUUUACUAUUGCAGCGGAGAUAAAGUAGCCGGGAGGAUCGUAGUGGAAGUGUCCGAGGUCACCAGAGUUUCGGCUGUGAAAGUGAUCGGCAUUGGAAGCGCUAAAGUGGAGUAUAUGAAAGGGAAGCAGCGCUGCCGCGAGGAGAUGGAGUACCUGAAGUACGAAGAGACCCUGCGACUGGAUGAUCAGCCUGCUGAUACUGAUGGAUCCGUCAUCCUCAGACCAGGCAACAAGUACGAGUACUCGUUUGGCUUUGAGCUUCCAGUGCAAGGGCAGCUGGUGUCUUCCUACAAGGGAAAGUUCGGCUAUGUCCAAUACUACGUCAAGGCCUUAAUGGAGAGACCAGCCCAGCCUGCCCUGGAGUACAAGAAGCACUUUGAGGUGGAAGAGCCACUGGAUGUCAAUACUCCUGACCUCAUGUCCCCCACAGGUGGCAUGAAGGAGAAGAAGGUGACCUGCAUGUUCAUCCCCGAUGGCCAGGUGUCCCUGAAUGCCAAGAUCGACCGCAAGGGCUUCUGCGAGGGCGAGGAAAUCUGCAUCGAUGCCAAGUUCGAGAACACCUGCUCCCGCAUCGUGGUGCCCAAGGCAGCCAUCAUCGCCAAGCAGACCUACCAGGCCAAUGGGCGCACCAAGGUCUUCCGCCAGAAGCUCUCCUCCGUGCGUGGCAACCACAUCAUCUCUGGCAUGUGUGACGCCUGGCAGGGCAAGACCAUCCGUGUGCCCAAGAUCAAGCCCUCCAUCCUUGGCUGCAACAUCAUCCGCGUGGAAUACGCCCUUAUGAUCUACAUGCACAUUCCCGGCAGCGACAAGCUGGUGCUGGAGCUGCCCCUGGUCAUAGGGAGCGGGACCUCCAGCGGCAUGAGCAGCCGCACCAACAGCAUGAGCAGCCAGGACGGCAGCCAGGCCUCCAACAGCUGGGUGUCCCUGCGCAUGCCCUCAGCCCCACCCAGCUACUGUGACAUCACCCGUGACUGCAGGCUGGACACGCCUCUCACCCCACUGCUCGAUGACUACGAUGGCGGCGACAGCCCCAUCUUCAUGAACGCCCCCGCAUUCCAAUUCCCGCCCCUGCCUGCAUACAGUGAGGUUGAUGAGGAGUACAACGGCAAUGCUCGUAUGCUGCCAGUCUGCUGAAAAGCUGCAGUUUUCCUGGACAUUUGCCCAUUGUAUCUGGGCCUGUUUCUACUUUGGCACUUAAGGGAAGAAAAAGAAUGUGGAACAACGAACCACUGAUGGGUGUAAGAGGAAUGUUGCUGGAAAGACUUUCGUAAGUGUGGGGGCACGCAGUGCAGUGAGCUGCCCCCCAAGAGGAGGCGGUGGAGGUCAAGAGGCGAGAAGUCGGAAGUCCGAGCUUUGGUGCCUACGCUGUUGGCCAUCUUUCUAUCUUGCGACACAAGCUGAACUUUCCAGAACUGGUGCUGUUUCAAGAUUGGGCUCCCACUGAAAUUUCUUGCUAUGGUGGCGUGCCGUUUCUUGUUCCAACUCCAAGCUGCUCCUUCAAGAGUUCUUUUGGAAGUUUUGGACCGAAGGACUUCCAAUAGCCUUGCAGUCCCAGCUGAGAUAUAGCUGUCUUUAAGUACACAGUUGACCACGUAGACACUCCAUGGGAGUCUUUGGGGCCCAGCACUUACCUCUAAGCCCCAGGCUUUUGAUGUUGUUUCCCAACAGCAGGUUGUUUUCUGGGUCUGUCCGUCCAUUCUAGUUUCUAGUCAUUCCAUGCAAAUCCUGUAUUUCAGUGGAAUAGGGGAUUUCAUUUGAGGACACAUUCUUGUCCUUCAUUCUUCCCGUGAAAGCUAGCUCUGUGAUGGGACUUGAUGUAUAUGGACUGAUUUUGGUUGCGCAAGAGAAUUGCUGCAUGCUUUUUUCAGAGUCAAUAAGAUUGAACAUGCAGAAUCAGUAAAAUGUUUGUGUACCAAUGUCUAAAAAUAUAUAUUGCUGUGAUAUUGCACUUUGAAUGGAUGCAAAUUGCUCUAUAACUGCCUACAGGGAAAUCCCUGUUUUUCCAGUCUUCCAGAUUAUCUUGAAUCAUGUAAACUCAGUUUCUGGUAUGUCAGAGCAUGCACGGGACAUCAGCCCAAGGCCACUGUUUUGUUGUAAGUUUAACAAAUUGUGAGAUCUGCAAGGACCUUCCAUUUCUUUCAGUCCAUUGCUUUUUAAAUUGGCUGCCAAAAUUGUGCCAAAUCAGGGAUAAUUUGGGCUCAAUGUUUCCAAUUCAUGCUCUGGGAAACCAAGAACUAACAUUAUUGUUAGUGUUUAUAUUAACUUGGGGCUUUUCCCAAGCUGCAUUUCAUUUUUGAGACACCAUGAUGGGUGUUAAUAUUUUCUUCAAAGCUCAGUGACUAUUGUUGAAUGAAUCUGUGAGAACAGACAAUAUGCAAUGCAUCCUUUAUAUUUUGUAUAUGUGUCAAACUAAAAGUAUUUUUUGUAUGAGACCCUAUGGGUUAGUUUUCUACAAGACAAAUAAAAUGUGAGAAAUUUA